UCUGUAACGCAGAGCUCAACAAACGGUGAGUUCAGAAAACUGGAGCAGCCGAGGACACCAUGAAGCCGCUACUGGCCUUCUCCAUCCCUGUGCUGUUCAGCUCGCUGGUCUGGAGUGGAUACCUGGAAUACGACCAGGAUGUCUUGAUACCGCAGGACUGGACCCGUGUGGGUCGGGUCGAUCCCACGGAGCAGCUGGAGCUGACCUUCGCCUUGAAGCAGCAGAACGUUCACCUGCUGGAGGAGAAGCUCAGACUGGUGUCGGACCCUGACUCGGCUCAAUACGGUAAACACCUCAGCCUGGAGGAAGUAGCCGCUCUUGUGCGUCCGUCUGAGCUGACCCAGAAGGUGGUGCGUCACUGGCUGCAUAGUCAUGGGAUUACAAACUGCCUGACUGUUCGCACUUGGGACUUUUUACAGUGCACCAUGACUGCAGAGGCUGCAGAGACGUUGCUUCCAGGAAGUAGGUUCCACCGUUACAUCAGGGACGGCCACUCUAUAGUGAGGUCUUCAGCUCCGUACUCAGUUCACGAUGACGUUCACCAACAUCUUGACUUCGUCGGAGGGCUUCAUCGCCUCCCACCUAAAGGACAGGACUUGGGUCAGAAACCACAUAAGGAGGGGCUGCACCUCGGAGUGACUCCUGCCAUCUUGAGGACUCGCUAUAACUUGACAGCAGCUGACGUGGGAUCAAAUCAGAACAACAGCCAGGCUGUAGCUCAAUUCCUGGAGCAGUACUACCACCCCGCCGACUUGGCUGAGUUCAUGAACAUGUUUGGCGGGACCUUCCAGCACAUGUCUCAGGUGGAUCGAGUCGUAGGCACACAGGGAGCAGGAAAGGCCGGUCUGGAGGCCAGUCUGGAUGUCGAGUACAUCAUGAGCACCGGAGCAAACAUCUCCACGUGGGUCUUCACUAAUCCAGGUCGUCAUGAGUCCCAGGAGCCCUUCCUGCAGUGGAUGGUUUUGCUCAGCAACAUGUCCGACCUGCCCUGGGUUCACACCAUCAGCUACGGAGACGACGAAGACAGCCUGUCCACAGCCUACAUGAUGCGCAUCAACACGGAGUUCAUGAAGGCCGGCGUCAGGGGGAUCUCUCUGCUCUUUGCUUCUGGUGACAGCGGUGCCGGAUGCAGACAUAUGGGCAAAGAACAAAACUCCUUCAGGCCCAGCUUUCCUGCCUCAAGCCCAUAUGUGACUACAGUUGGAGGAACAUCGUUCAAGAAUCCGUUCAAGGUGACGUAUGAAGUCACAGAUUACAUCAGCGGAGGAGGCUUCAGCAACGUCUUCGACAUGCCUGACUACCAGGCCAGUGCAGUUAAGGGGUAUCUGAAGACUGUGGAAGCAACCCUCCCUCCCAAGUCGUACUUCAAUACCAGCGGCAGGGCCUACCCGGACAUGGCUGCUCUGUCUGAUAACUACUGGGUGGUUACCAACAGAGUGCCUAUCCCCUGGGUGUCUGGGACCUCGGCAUCAACCCCCGUGGUCGGAGGCAUGCUCUCCCUCAUCAAUGGCCAGCGUUUGCUCAAGGGUCUGUCUUCGCUGGGCUUCCUCAACCCCCGCCUCUACAAGCUGAAGGGACAGGCCCUGUUUGAUGUGACUGAGGGCUGUCACCUGAGCUGCCUGGACGAGCAGGUUCAAGGGAAGGGUUUCUGUGCUGCCCCGUCGUGGGACCCUGUGACAGGUUGGGGGACGCCAAACUACCCCGCGCUGCUGGCUGCCCUCCUCACUUAGGAAAUAGCUGCAACUUUCUGAAAUCAAACUGCCAGUGCUCUAGGACCUAUUAUUACACACACAUCCCACCUUUUUGACGAGGUGCCUGAUGCCAAAGGCAGGACAGCGGAAAGGCUCCGCUCUAGAUUAUUGCCUCUUUGUUUUAUUCUCAAAUGAAGUUUCUAAUCACUCAUCAUCUGUUUUGUCCAUUUCAGGAUAAACGCAUUGCCUCAAUCAUAUGUUUUUAGGCUUACAACUGUUCUUCAGACGUUUUUAGGUCAGGGAUAGUGAUAGUUUGGGAUUUUUAGUGCUCCACUGCAGUUGCCUGUUUCUGCUGUUCACUGCAUUUUAACUGACCUGGAUUUCUCCGAGUGUCUCUGAAACAAACUCGCAGACCAACGCGUGAAUCUUAUGCUUUAAAUUUCUGCCUCCAGAUACGCAGCAAUAGGAGGCGUGGGUUGCUAUGCAUAGACUAAGAUGAGCGAAGAUUUAAAAUGCUGAAAUACAGAUUUUAAUCAACUCUUCCGUGUACAUUAAUUAUUUUUUUAAAUAUUAAGACAGUCAGUCAGAACUCUAUAUUGGAUGCAAUGACAUCAGCAGAUUAAAGAAAUCCAGCAUGUGAUUGGAUAUGAUGUGUAUUUCGCCACACUCCUCGGCAGGGAUGAGCUUAGGUACAAGUCAUUGUUUCGUUCAUUAACUAACAUCUGCAUGCAGUUCUAAACAUGCCAUUCGUGUAUUAGUGGUAAAACGGGAACAUACUCUGUGGCGUAAGACUAACAGGACCUUGAAAAACUUGAUUUUUUUAUUGUGGUUUUUAGCUGUUCGCUCUGCAGCUGUGAACUAACAAAAUGCACUGUAACGUGGGUUCACACAUGACUCAGCAGUUCUGCCCACCAGCGUCGUUGCACUAGUUUUUAUCUUUUAACUGUGUAAAUCCACAAAUCAGAUGUAUCUGAAGUGAGAAACUGACUGCCUGUGUCGUGUUUGUUUUGUUGAAUGAUUAAAGCUGGAUUUGUACUUUGACAUGUCAGCUGAUUGUUCAGCGUUACGCUGAAUGUGUGAAAAUAUAUCCGGAUGCUGUGGUUGUUUGGAAAUGUGCCAGACGUUUAAGGAGCGAUGUGGAGAGAGAAAGAGGGGAAUUUACCGAAAACUGAAUAGUGAAGAUUUUCAGAUUUGACUUUAUUGUUUGUAAAUGGACCAUCUUUCAGCUGUUGGAAGAUCAACCCAGGAAAUAAUCUGCCAGUGGUGACAGUAAGUGUUUCUGCUGAAGCCUUGCAGUUAUUUUGCAGUAACUACAAAAUAUGACAAAACAAUUUUCGACUGCAGAUUGUCAUAGAAGUUAUGAGUACCUCAGUAAACAGCAUUAAAAUAAUCAGGUCAUCAUUUCCAACGCAAAUUGGGACAAGCCCUAAGGUCUCCAUCUCGUCUUUGGUGGCUGAUGUCAUGUAGAGAAAAUGACAGAUUCACUGCUACACAACAUGUUAGCUGUAAGAUGUCACCAUGAGCCUGCUGUACGUCAUGAUUCUGUACCUGACGACUAUGUAUCUGCAGAAUGAUCAAACAUUAAAGAACCAGAAUUUGUUUCA